AUGGAAGUUAAUAGACCUCAGACUAAACUGCAAAGAUCCAGAAAGGGUAAGAAGGCCUGGAGAAAGAAUGUCGAUAUUGAUGAUGUUCAAGCUGGUCUUCAUGACAAAAGUGAACAUGAAAGAAUCUUCGGUAAGGAAUCUAGUGAUGACUUUGUUUUAGAUAAUGAAGGUGAUUCCAAACUUGUAAGUAAGAACCAACCUAAGAAGUUGAAGAGUUUAGAAAUUCUUGAUAAGAGAUCCAAGUUCCCAGCUUUGAAUGUCGUUAGAAAUAAUAAGAAAAUUCAAGGUGUUGAUAGAUCUGAAGUUCAUAGAUUGAUGAAACUUUCUGGUAGAGUGAAUGGUAUUACUGCAACUGAAGCUAGAAUCGCCAAGAAUGGUAUAACAUCAACCAAGGUGACUGACCUUUGGGCUGAAGAAGAAGAAACCGUUGAAACCCCAGAAAUCUUGAAAAAAUUCAGUAGUUCAGAAUGGACUAAAGCUAAGAAUAUGCCAAAGACUUUGAAUGAAUCACCAAUCAUGAUAAAAAGUGCAGACAAGAUUAUAUCAGGUAAAUCUUAUAACCCAUCAUUUGAAUCAUGGAAGGCAUUAUUAAACGAAGAAUUCACAAAGGAAAGUGGCAAUGAAGAAAAACGUCAACUUUUGAAGGAACAUCAAGAAAAGAUUAAGAAUUUAAUUGCUAAUUUGAAUGACAAUGAAGAAGAAGAUUCAUCUGAUGAUGAAGAAAGUGAGAAGAAGGCAGCAGUUGAAGAAGUUGAAGAAGUCACAAAGGAUUUCAAAUUGUCUAUAAAUAAGCCAACUCAAGUCAAGAUUAAGACCAAGACUCAAAGAAAUAAGGCACUUAAGCAUAAACAAAGAGAAGAAUUACAAAUGAAGUUAAAGGAAUUAAAGCAUCAAAUCCAUGAAUUGAAUAAAUUAGAAGAAUAUGAAGUUGAAGUUGAAGAAAAACUCUCUAAUAAGAGAACUAAGAGAGAAAAGGCACCACUGAAAUUGUUUAAAUACACCAAUGUUAAUGAUCAAUUGGAAAUAAAAUUAUCUGAUGAAAUAUCUGAUUCUUUAAGAAAGUUGAAACCAGAAGGUAAUUUAUUAUAUGAUCAAAUGAGAAACCUUCAAGAUAGUGGUAAGAUUGAAGCACGUAUUCCAGUCAGUAAGAAAAGAAAGUACACUCCAAAGAUUACUGAAAAAUGGACUUACAAGGAUUUUAAAUAA